AUGUCAAAAAAAGUCGCCGUUGUCACCGGAUCAAAUAAGGGUAUUGGAUUAAGCAUAGUGAAAGGUUUGUGCAAAAGAUUCGAUGGAGUUGUUUAUUUAACUUCAAGAGAUGAAGGAAGGGGUAAAGCUGCGGUUGCUGAUUUAAACAAACAAGGAUUGCAUCCUGAAUAUCAUCAACUGGAUGUAAGUGAUAGAGAAAGUAUUUCAAAAUUUCGGGAUCACAUACAAGAAAAGUGUGGUGGUAUAGAUAUUCUUAUUAACAAUGCUGGUUUUGCCAAUGCCAAUUACAUCGAUUUUUCAUACGACUUUGAGGAAAACAAGAAGAUAAUAGAUAUCAAUUUUAAAAGCAUUUUAACUAUUUAA